AUGUCAGGCGUCGACGCAUAUGAUAUAUAUUAUCCAAUAUCAUGGAUCAAUACCACAAUAUAUAAUAUAUUAAAAUUAUUUCGAAGUCAGCAUAAAACAAAACGUUCAUUACCGGAAGAAGCUGAAUGUGGCACAGCCGACGGUAUUCGAUGUUGGCUUCGUGAAGGCGCAGAUAUUGAUGCACUUGAUGCUUACGGUUAUACACCGUUGAUGAACGCUGCUAUGCUUGGUCGAGUCGAUAUUGUCAACACUUUGAUUGAAUGUGGAGCUGAUAUACAAAAAAGUGGUCAAUUUGGUUAUACAGCUUUACAUGCUGCUGCCCAAAAUGGGCAUUUAGAUGUUGUACAAGCGCUUGCUAAAUAUGGAGCUAGUGUUAGUUGUAAAAAUAGUGAUGGGGAUAUUCCGCUUAUUCUUGCUGUUCGUGGAACUCAUGCAGAAAUUAUUGAUUAUUUACUUAAGUCUGGUUCGGAUAUCCAUCAACAUGGUUGGCUCGGAAAAUCAGCAGUUCAUACAGCUAUUGCUAAUGGUGAUCAAGCAACAGCUGAUACAUUGUUAAAUCGAGAAAUGAUGCUUGGAUGUUCACGCUCAGAAUCACAUCGUCAAGCACUUGAACAUUUUCGACAGUCAUCAUCGACAUGA